ACGGCAUUCAAUCGUCAUCAUACCCGGCCCCAAAAUCGGAAUCCUUUUCUCUCGUACCACGCUGAAUCUGCAUUUCAAGAAGCAUCAUUGCGACGUCCACCGAUCCGGUCUACCUGCCGUGCCUUUCUGUAUGUUCAGUUAGCCAACGAUGAGUUCGGAAAAUUACCGCAGCGCCUCCAAGACGCAUGACCCCGGCUGGAACGAUCCACCAAAGGUAGCAAUCGGUACGAACGAAGCACCGCACACUGCACCGAGCCAAACGAAACCGCUCCUCAACAAGCGUGUAGCGUUUCCACUGCAAUCUGGCACUCCGGCAACAGCGGCUGCCUUGGCCGGGCCACCGGGCGGUGCUCCGAUGGUGGCUGGACCGCCACCUUCCGGUGGGCCACCGGUUACGUUCCGCCGAAGACCGACCUCGGAAUCCAGUGGCGACCAGCACGAACCAGUGAGUGCGGGCACCGAGAGCCGCGAGGACCAAUUUCGCCUACUACAAUCGGCCCUGAACGAGUGUGUCGAGCGGCUGGAUACGAACCGGCGGCCAGAGGUACAGAAGCGUCUCAACCUGAUCAACGAGGCGUGGUCUGGGGAGAAGCUGGGGGCCGGUUUGGAGCAGUACUUGCACCAGUUUGCUACCGCCCUGAAGGAGCAAGAUGCGACCCGUGCCGGUAGCGUGCAUCGCUCGAUUAUCUGUGAUUUCGGUUCAAAGUGUACGCUGUGGGCACCGGCGCUGAGGCAGCUCAUCUUUGCCCUGCCACCGACCGAUUCCGGUGAGCAACCGUCGGACAGUGUGAUAGUGAAUCCAAUCUAGGCACCGCUGCGUACGUACUGCCACCCUCAGGGGUACCGUUUUGCGUUUAUUGUGUCUAUAUAUUCCCUCAUAUUAAAAGUUAAAUUCGUGUUAAAGUAAUAAAGCAAUUGCUCAAGCAAUACGCCGGACAA